UCCUCCAUGCACAACAUUCCCACUUCCACCAUGGAAGAAGAACCCCAUUCUCUCCCUGAAAAUCAACCAACACUAGACUAUAGCUCCACCGUCGACACUUCCAGCCCCUUCCGCUCCGUCAAAGAAGCCGUAGCCAUCUUCGGCGAGAGGCUUCUUACCGGAGAAAUAUACUCUCCAAAACCAUAUAAUGCAAAUUAUGUUCCAAAGCAAGAAACUGCAUGGAAAUAUUUCUCACCAAGUCCCACUCCAAAACCUAAAGUAGAAGAUAAUGAAAACGUGCUUUUUGACACUCUAAAGAGGCUGGAGGCCGAGCUUGAGGAAACGAAGGUGGAGUUGAAGCUGUUGAAGGAGAGAGAGUCGGAAACUGAGGUUGCAUUGGCCUCGCUGAACGCUGAGCUUCACAAGAACAUGUCGAAGCAGGCCCAGGCCGAGGCGGCGGCUGCGGCAACGAGAGCGGCGGGUGUUGAGAGAGCAAAUAGCGGCAUAAGAGAGGAGGAGAGGAGGAGUGAGAUGAUGAUUAGGAUGGAGGACUCGCCCACUUUGGCUCAGAUAUUACGUCUUGGCGGGGAAGGAUAUUUUGGAGGGAAACAGGAGAGGAAGACGAUGAAGAAGAAGCCCAUUAUUCCUUUGGUGGGAGAUUUGUUUUCCAGGAAAAAAAGAUCUUCUAGUGCUCUGAAUAACCAUCUCUAUUCAUCUCCCCACUUGUAUCAUUGAAAUCGUAGACUCAAAGAUGGUGGUUGAUGCCGUGAAAUCGAUGGGGAAGAUGCCAGCAGACGAAGACAUCUAAUAGCUGAUCAUAUUCGAACUAAUCUGUAUGGGUUUCAGCAAUGGCAGAUGGUGCAUGUACGUAGAACUGCUAAUCGUGUAGCUCAUGCUCUGGCAAGGGUUGCUGUAAAGCAAGGUAUCGAAAGGAUGUGGAUUGGGGAAACCCCAGAUUGUAUUGCUACGAUUAUUGUCGCUGAGC